AUGGUCACGGGGACCUCAUCCGAGAACUGGGGGGUGCAUGGAGCAAUUGUGAAAGCUAUUCGGGAGAUGAUGCACCGAGACUGGAUAGUGCACAUCGGGCACUGUUAUCGAGAAGCUAUUUUCGUUGCGGAUUGUUUGGCGACGCUGGCCCAUUUAUGCCCUAGUGGUUGUCAGCGACUACCCGAUCCACCGAUAGAAAUCAAACCGUGGCUAACGCAUGACAUCUUUGGCGUUGCGCAAGAAGUCGAGAGAAGCGUAUUAUUCUCGAUCGUCUCUACGUUUAUUAGAUUCAGAAGGCGAAAGGAAAAAAAAAUGAAGCCAACAAGAACUGCGGUUUUUGCUCUUAUCCUCGUUAUAAUGAUGAUGAUGGGCUCGGUUCUGGCCAUCGAUUGCGACAAGGAAUGCAACCGUCGAUGUUCUAAGGCCGGUCGAAAGGACCGGUGCCUGAAGUAUUGUGGAAUAUGUUGUGGUGAUUGUGGUUGUGUUCCUUCAGGAACUUACGGUAACAAGGACGAAUGUCCUUGUUAUCGGGACAAGAAGAACUCGAAGGGGGGACCAAAAUGUCCUUGA